CGAUACAACCCCACCGUGGACAUCUGAUGGCCGAGAACUAGGUUCAUCUACGCCAAAAAAAACCACCAUCUCUACAGUGAAAGGAGUGCUUGUUUCUGUUUUCCAGCUGAUACAAUCGCAGGCUUCACGACGCAGUUGACUUGGACGUGGAUGUAGGUCGUGUGCUGUCCAGGAAGUCAGAUCCAAGUCUAUCCCAAUCCUGUCGCCAUGGAUUCUUCGAAGACAACAGCUUUAGUGCGCCGGUCGACAGACUCAGAAUUGAUGCCGCCACCUCCAAAGCGAAUCAAACGGCCCAAGAACGUUAUCGAUGAGGAAUCCUACACCGAAGCAAUUUCCGAAAUCAUAGCUCGGGACUUCUUCCCUGGCCUUCUGGAGAUAGAAACCCAGCAAGAAUACCUAGAUGCUGUUGAGUCGAAGGAUGCUGCGUGGAUUGCUAAUGCUGGGAGACGACUUCAGCACGUUAUGACACCAGGGCGACAUAAAGGACGGAGAGGGACCUCAUUACAUACUCCAUUGCGAGCGUCUGAUACCCCGAGAAGUUUCCUUGGCGAUACGCCUAUGUCUACGGUAUCUGAUGUUACAUCAUCCACAAACGCAAGAGCAGCCCCAGAAAUCGAUACGAACAUGAGUCUAGACAAAUUUCAAUCACUUUACACCAGUGAGGACAACGAGAGUUUUUAUAGACUCUUAGAUCAACAAAAUCAGAAACGUGCGGAAAAGUAUGCUUGGAUGUGGUCAGCAAAUAACAAACUGCCGUCCAAAAUGAUGUUGAAGCAAAAGGAGGUAGAAACGAAGUUAUUAAUGUCACGAGAAUCCUUGCAAGACGACGGCGGCGAAAAGGACAGACUGGCCAUUUAUGAUUCUUUAGAAAAGCCUGCGAGGCCGGAUGCAUGGAAGUCGAAGCUGAAUAAUACCCUGAUGUUUGCUCUGGAAAGUAUAGAGGAUUCCGUGGAGACAUCGGCCCAAAGAGCUCAAAAUGUAUCCAAAGCAGAGCCAAAGGGGGUAUCAUAUACCAACACUCGGAUGCCGCCAGUUGCAGUUGCUCAGCAUAUUCCGAGCGUCCCUCUGUCGCCAUCACUCUCGGCAGUCAGAGAUGCCAUAGUGGGACGAAAACGGGCUUCAGAUUUGGAUUCGGUACAGAAUGGAAGCGAAACGCCGAGAGUCAAUGGCUAUGCCUUUGUGGAUGACGACCCUGAAUACGAACAGAAUGGCGCUACUCCUAUCAUCGAUCUGGGCAAAGGCGAAGCCACGAAAAAUCCCUUCGUGAUAAAGCAUCAAAGCAAGAGGGAGGACUUACAUCACCGAAUGGUUGACAAGAAUGCGAGAGAAAAACGUUCGGCAUUCACCUCUGGAUUCACGGGUAAGGUCGAUUCGACACCUGUCCCCAAAUUCCCAAGCAGUCCAAGGAUAUCUUCAGGUCAGUUGACACCUGCUGCUCAAAGGUUAUGGAGUAAGGUGGGAGGUUCUAGCCAGGCAUCACCAGUUCCAUUCGGAACCCAAACUGCUGCCAAAAACAAGUCCGGCUUAAGGGCUCGAUGGACACCGUCAAGCAAGUAGGAAGAAGUAGGAGACAGAGAAAAGUAGAGGCAAUGUAGAAACGCGACGUGGGAAGGCAUAUUAGCGAAGGAUUCAUGAAUAUAUGUCGGCGUUUGGUAUACCCACUUUUAGCAAUAGAUUCACGGCCUACGAGAGAUGCAAGAACAAUAGAGAUUCUCAAUACAUCAAUG